AUGCUCAGUUUGGUGUGUAUUGCUAGAGAGGUUUUUUUUUCUUGGGAGAGUUCACGUGAUCAGCACAGGGCCAAUCAGCACUCUCCAGACAGAGGUCAGGGGUUCUGCAUCCUACUAGAGCAAAAUUAAAACUCCUCCUGCAAGCUUUAACCAGUGCUCUGCUGAACACUGAUAGAAGUCACAAGACUUACUCUUUAACUGCUGAUGAGAAAAGGUAUUUAGCAUUUUCAUUUACUAAAAUAAUUGUAUUUCCAUGUUCUGUGUACUGUGGGAGACCAGAUAUAGUGAAUGCAGGGUCCUGGG